AUCUUUGCUGUAAAGCAGAGCAUAGAGUGGAUCAUGUGACUAGAAAAGCAUGACACACAUUUCAGGAAGCAGAGUGUAGGCGGAGCAGAGUGUCAAGACAGAACUCAUUAAAGGUAUUGGGGAGACUCCCAAUGUGUCAACCAUGGCCUACCAGUACGGAAAAGUGCAGGACCCAAAUGUGCUUACUCAGACAAUAAUCUCCAACAUCCAGAAGAUAACACAACAAACAUCUGAAAUACAGAGUAUUGUGAAUAAGUUGGGAACACAACAAGACACAACUGAGCUCAGACAGCAACUGCAGCAGAAACAGCAGAAUGUCAACCACCUUGCCAAAGAAACAGACCGAUGUGUGAAGCAAUUUGGCUCUUUGCCUGUCACAACUGAACAGCGCCAGAGAAAGAUCCAGAAAGACCGAUUUAUCAAUGACUUCUCCAAUGCACUGGCCAAUUUCCAAAAGACACAGAGGCAGGCUGCUCAGAAAGAGAAGGCGUUUGUUGCCAGAGUCCGUGCCGAGUCCAGAGUGUCGGGUGGCUAUCCUGACGACAGCUUUGGUGGAAAUGGAAACUCCUUUGAAAGUGGGGGGCAGGCCCAGGUCCAGUCACAGUCCCAGGAGGUGGCCAUCACUGAAGAGGACCUGCAGCUCAUCCAGGAGAGAGAGACUUCCAUCAGACAGCUAGAGUCUGAUAUUACAGAUAUCAAUGAAAUAUUUAAGGACUUGGGAAUGAUGGUCCAUGAGCAAGGGGAUAUGAUCGACAGUAUAGAGGCCAAUGUCGAAACUGCUGACCUUCAUGUUCAGAAUGCCACCCAGCAGUUAGCACAGGCUGCAGACUAUCAGCGCAAAUCUAGGAAGAAGAUCUGCAUUCUCAUUGCCGUUCUGGUGGUUCUCGCUGUUAUCGUUGGUUUAAUCAUCUGGGCAUCAGUCAAAGGGUGAUGAUGCUUUUCACACACUCUUUGAUCCUGGCAUUUUAAUUAUUAUUUAGGGCGAAGUUUGAGUUACAAAUCUCAUGGCCAUUGCUUGUAAAAUGAAGACAAGGACGACAGAUGCUUUCAUACAUUCUGUCACUUUGCUGUGUCGAUGUAAAAAUUGAAAUUGAAAUAGAUUACUUUAUAAGGGAACUUUUUGUCAAUGUGCCAUAGCCCAAAUAAUCAAUCAGUAAUGAAUUAAUAACGUAUAAACUCCUUUAAUUGUAUAUUAUAUAAAGCCUGUUCUUUUGGAGGCCACAUACUGUACACUAUCUGCAGAUACGUACACUGAGUAUACAAAACAUUAAGAACACCUGCUCUUUCCAUGACAGACUGACCAGGUGAAAGCUAUUUGUUA